CCUGCUUGUGUGGAGGGCACGGUGCUGCCCCCUGCUUGUCUGAAGGGCACGGUGCUGCCCCCUGCUUGUCUGGAGGGCACGGUGCUGCCCCCUGCUUGUCUGAAGGGCACGGUGCUGCCCCCUGCUUGUCUGGAGGGCACGGUGCUGCCCCCUGCUUGUCUGGAGGGCACGGUGCUGCCACCUGCUUGUCUGGAGGUCACGGUGGUGUCCCCUGCUUGUCUGGGGGGCACGGUGUUACCCCCUGCUUGUCUGGAGGGCACGGUGCUGCCCCCUGCUUGUCUGGAGGGCACGGUGCUGCCCCCUGCUUGUCUGGAGGGCACGGUGCUGCCCCCUGCUUGUCUGGAGGGCACGGUGCUGCCCCCUGCUUGUCUGGAGGUCAUGGUGCUGCCCCCUGCUUGUCUGGAGGGCACGGUGCUGCCCCCUGCUUGUCUGGAGGGCACGGUGCUGCCCCCUGCUUGUCUGGAGGUCACGGUGCUGCCCCCUGCUUGUCUGGAGGUCACGGUGCUGACCCCUGCUUGUCUGGAGGUCACGGUGCUGACCCCUGGUUGUCUGGAGGGCACGGUGCUGCCCCCUGCUUGUCUGGAGGGCACGGUGCUGCCCCCUGCUUGUCUGGAGGGCACGGUGCUGCCCCCUGCUUGUCUGGAGGGCACGGUGCUGACCCCUGCUUGUCUGGAGGGCACGGUGCUGCCCCCUGCUUGUCUGGAGGGCACGGUGCUGACCCCUGCUUGUCUGGAGGUCACGGUGCUGCCCCCUGCUUGUCUGGAGGUCACGGUGCUGCCCCCUGCUUGUCUGGAGGUCACGGUGCUGACCCCUGCUUGUCUGGAGGUCACGGUGCUGCCCCCUGCUUGUCUGGAGGUCACGGUGCUGCCCCCUGCUUGUCUGGAGGUCACGGUGCUGCCCCCUGCUUGUCUGGAGGUCACGGUGCUGACCCCUGGUUGUCUGGAGGGCACAGUGCUGACCCUUGCACGGUUCUGCCCCCUGCUUGUCUGGAGGGCACGGUGCUGCCCCCUGCUUGUCUGGAGGGCACGGUGCUGCCCCCUGCUUGUCUGGAGGGCACGGUGCUGCCCCCUGCUUGUCUGGAGGGCACGGUGGUGUCCCCUGCUUGUCUGGGGGGCACGGUGUUACCCCCUGCUUGUCUGGAGGGCACGGUGCUGCUGCCUGGUUGCUCUCAUCCUGCAGUACUUAACCCUGUGUUGGAUGCUGGCCUGGGUGUGGCAGCAGCCGGGGCCCCGUGCGUCGGGAGCGGGGUCAUGCAGCCACGUCUCAGCCUUACGUGACCCUUGAGGGUGUGCCCGG